CACAACACAGCAUACAGAAACAGUUGCAUUAUUUGUUUCCAGAUCCAACUCAGAAUUGCGAUGGGAAUAGAAGAUGCAGAUAUUUGUGUCAUCAAGGAGCCAGAUCGUGUCAUAAUCUAUUCAGAUGACAUUCCCCAUGAUUCAGGGCAUGAAACUGAAACUGAUCAUCAAAAUAUUACAGUCUCUUAUGAGCAUAUCAAUGAGACUACUGAACUUCAUAGUUCAGAGGAGAGCACAAAGGAAUAUGAGGUGAAGGAAUGUACAACUGAAGUUUCUGUUAAGACUUCUGAUGUCUCUAACAUUAAAAAAUGUGAGAAGUCAACCUCAGAUUUUGAGGGUGUCCUCUGUGAGAAAAGUUUAAAACCCAACAAAACAAGGGGUAAUCACAAGCCACGGGAUACUGUAAAGCAUGGAUCAAGACCUGCUGUUGGAAAUCUUAACAGUAGGUGUACAGGUAGUGUUCAAAUCAAGCCCACAGUUCCACAACCAUUUUCCCUCGCAACUGAGAAGCGUGCCACAGUUGGAACUCGUCCUGCUUUUGAAGAAGAUAACAAGGGCAGUAACGAGAGAAAAUCUUUAAAUAAAAAAAAUGUGCUAUCUCCCAAUAUAUUUAAACAGAAUCAGUUGAAAUCUCCUUUAGUUUCAAGAAAGCCAUUGCAAGCUGAUAAUAACAAGCAUCCUGAUGAGGACGAUUCUUGUUCGGUUGUUUCAAUAACUGCAGCUUCUGUGCAGUCAAUCAAAUCCAGGGCAACUGUUGCUUCUGCUCCAGUGUUUCGGUCCACUGAACGUGCAGAAAAAAGGAGGGAGUUUUAUUCAAAAUUAGAGGAAAAGCAACAAGCAAUGGAAGCUGAGAAGAAUCAAAGUGAAGCAAGGACCAAGGAAGAGAGGGAGGAAGCUAUCAAGCAGCUGAGGAAGAGUUUAAUGUUUAAAGCAAACCCUAUGCCAAGCUUUUACCAUGAGGGGCCUCCACCUAAGGCUGAAUUGAAGAAGCUGCCACCCACACGCGCAAAAUCUCCAAAACUGGGCCGGCGAAAGAGCAAUAGUACCGCAGUUAAUUUAUCUGAAGGGGUCAAGGAAAAAGGAACGGUUACUCGGAGGAAGCAUCACCCACUGAAGACCAACAACUAUGAUAGGAGUGAUGUGAAUGAUGGCAGUGGCAUAUAUGACCAUAAAAACAAGACCGAACAUUUUGAAGAAAUCAAUGGAACCAAAGUAAGUGAACAUGUGGACUUGGAGAUCAGCAGCCAAUCAAGUUUUCGAGAUUAG